AUGACUUCGGCUGUCACCACGAUGUCAGCCUUUCAGUCACCUGCAGAGGUGAAGACUAGUCCCCAGUUUGGAAGACCUAAUGUCUCAGAUCUUGACCAGUCCCAGUCCCCUAACAAUUUCAUCCAACCUUAUCAAUCAAAUCCAUUCAACCCCUUCUUUUAUCUCUCCUAUACUGCUCCCUCCAACUUGAAUGCCCACCCUGUGAUAACAAAUGCUCAACAGACGUUCAAUUCCACAUCAGUCGUUCAGGAUAGCCAGUCCAAGUCAUUGGCCCCAUUCGCAUGUGGAAUCUGUGGCAAGGAGUUCGGAAUGCGGUGUCGUUUGGUGGCCCAUAUUCGAAGACACACCGGCGAACGACCCUUCUCUUGCACUGAGUGUGGACGCGCUUUUUCUGAUGCUGGGAACCUUCAAAGACAUCGCUAUGUUCACAGCUCAGAGCCUCGGUUUCAUUGUACUGUCUGUGGCAAGUCCUUCAGACAGGCUUCCUGUUUGUCUACUCAUCGGAGGUUCCACUGUCCUGGAGCAGAGGGCCGGAUUUGUCUUUUCUGUCGACGUACUUUCAAAUCUUCUGCAUCUCUUCAAAUGCAUUUGCGAUUUAAACACCGUGCUGAUGCUGAAGCUGUAGUCGCUGUUGCAGUUGGAUCUAUUAGUUCCGAUCCAGCAAACUCCUCUGGGGAGGGAGACCCUCAACAUGAAAAAGCGAUGCCAGUACCUGCGUCGCCGGAGGGCGAGCAGCUCUCCAACACUGAUCGGCAGCCGUCGUGCAACAACUCGCAGGAUUCAGACGCCCGUUACCGUGGUGUGGCAAUGGCUGCAGCUGCAGCCUUUCGCCGAAAUUUCGCCCACGCAGACUCACCUACUGUCGGCUCCACUGGUUCUGCCACCCCUGCCUUCCCUCGACCGCCCGAUCGGUGGCGCAAAGCACACGUCCGGAAGCAGGUGAAAGUAGAUGAGAGUGCAAUUCCGACGUUGGAAGGCAUUACAACUGACCAGCUGAAGUUGGUUGCAGCAGCGGUGGCAGUGGGUGGCAGCGACGGAAGCAGUGUAUCCCCAGGCUCAGCUUUGGAUGCCAAGGGUCGUGCUUUCAAUUUUCCUUGUCCUGCUUGUCCCCGUCGCUUCGUCUUCCAGUGUCGUCUGGCGGCGCAUCUCCGCUCGCAUACCAACUUCCGUCCCUUCACCUGUCCUGACUGUGGUCGUGCAUUCACACAGCGCGGUUAUCUCGUGCGUCAUGCUGCUGUGCAUGCCAACGAGCGGCCCUUUGUCUGUGCUCUUUGCGACCGUGCCUACAAACACUACGGCUCGUUGGUGAAUCACCGUCGCACUCAUUCCAAGAGCUCUGGCGCCGGCAUAUCGAAUCCCUCCAGCAAGCCUCGCUCACGUUUGGCCACAAGUUCAUCGGGUCCUUUGGGGUACCGAUGCGUACCAACAAUGGCGCCCCCUGCUGCACCGACGCUGCCCAUGUGGGCCUCGGCAGGCAUUCCCUUCGCUGCGUCUGCAUCCGUCUACCAUUCUUCUGCAAUCUCCCAGUCACAACAGCACCAGACGAUAUUUUUCCGCACCCCUUUCAGCUACCUUCCUACUCCACAGUGA